AUGCCGACAGCGGACUCGCCGCACUCGUCCCUCUCCUCCACGCCGACCACGCGCUCCUCGUCCUACUUUACAUACCCCGUCACAUAUGCGGUGAAUGGCCUGCUCCGGCGCUUGUCGACCGAGCCGACGCCGAGAUCCUCGCCCGCCAACACGAGCAGCAACUCGGGCGCCAACUCGCUGAGCCAGAGCGUGCAGAGCAUCGACAGCAUGGACUCGGUCUUCGCGCCGCCGCGCAGGACCGCGAGCCCCUUCCAGCCGCCGCCGCUGACGCCACUCACGCUGAGGGGAUACACGCCGAGCACGGCCCAGAGCGCAAAGCUGCUGAGCAGAGCGCUGGCCGAGGAGAUUCGCCUGCUGGUGCCGCCGAGGCUGCAGCUUGUGGAUGAGUGGAAGCUGGCGUACAGCUUGGCGCAGAACGGCGUCAGUCUCGCGACGCUGUACCAGAAGUGCGAGGACUACCGGGGGAAGAGAGGCGGGUUUGUGCUGGUGGUGCAGGAUGGCUCUGGCGGCGUCUUCGGCGCAUACCUCUCCGAUGCUCCGCACCCUUCGUCUCACUUCUUUGGCAACGGCGAAUGCUUCCUGUGGCGCGCACACGUGCUCCCUGCUCUCCCCGACUUCUCCAACCUUCCGCCUCCUCCCUCCGCCGACACGACGAAUGCCGUGCGGAUGACGACCAUUGCGCAUUCAACCAAGUCGGGUACGCUGAGCCCGCCACACUCCCAGCAGGCGAGUCGGAGCGGAUCGAGCACGCCCGAGCGGAUACGGUUCAAGGCCUUCCCAUAUAGCGGCGUCAAUGAUUACAUGAUUUUCUGCGAGCAGGGAUAUUUGAGCGUUGGCGGAGGCGACGGCCACUACGGUCUCUGGCUAGACGACAACCUCGAGAACGGCGUCUCGAGCACGUGUCCCACAUUCGGCAACGAGCCGUUAAGCGACGAAGGAAAGAAGUUCGAAGUGCUAGGAGUCGAGCUCUGGUACAUUGGCGCAUAA